UUAAACCCGCUUUUUUGCACUAAAACGUGCUUUUCGGCCCGCUUUUUUCGUGCUACCGUUUAGGCCCACUGUGGGUCGGGCUCGGACAGAGAAUCAAGCUCACGGGUUUAAAAGGCCCGGCCCCAGUUUUCUAAUCGUUCCUCGCGGGCCAGACUUCAUCCGACCGGGCCGGGCCGGGCGGCCCAUUUGACCAUCUUUACCAAUAGGCAAUGGCAUGCGAAGUUCGGUGCCAUGCGCCCGUGCCCCAGCAACCCAGCGGAUCCCGAUAUCGCAGUGCUAGUGUGCUACGCGCAGUGAGUGAACCAAUACCGUCACGGCGUCACUCAUCCGUCCAUCCCCGCGACCGCACCGCCACCGCCAUCGGACCAGAGUACCAGACCACCACCUCCCCCCGCACCACGCUGCCACACUCCACCGGCCGCACCCCCACCCCGACCCGGCCACCCCGUCACCCGCCGCCGCCGUCCCCACCACAGCACACCCCGGUCCGUCCCCUCCCCUCCCCGAUGUCCACCCCGUCCGUGCCACCGCCCUGCCCGCACCUCGCCGCGCACCGCCUGUCCUCACGCCCGCUGCGCUUCCUCCGCCGCUGCCUGCGCGUGCGCCCGCUCGGCCGCCCCGAGAUCCGGCGGGACCCGCGCGAGCUCCCGCGCUGCUCGCCCUGCUCCGCCGCGUCCCCGUCCCCCACCUCCCGCCUCUACGCCUGCCUCUCCUGCGCCGCCGUCUUCUGCCCCUCCCACGCCGCCACGCACGCCUCCGCCUCCGCGGGGCCCGGCCACCAGAUCGCCGUCGACGUCGACCGCGCCGAGCUCUUCUGCGCCGCCUGCGGGGACCAGGUCUACGAUCCCGACUUCGACCACGCCGUCUUCCUCGCCCAGUCCUCCUCGCUUCUCCCCUCCACCUCCACCUCCUCCGCCUCCGCCUCCGCCUCCCCGGCCCUCCGCAAGCGCCGGCGCGUCGAUUACCGCGCGUGGGCGCCAGAUCCGGCCGAGUUCGCGCUCAUGACCUCCGCGGACCCCACCACCUCCGCCUCAGCCUCCGCGCCGGCGGGGCUGCGGGGGCUCAACAACCUCGGCAACACCUGCUUCAUGAACUCCGUGCUCCAGGCGCUCCUCCACGCGCCCCCGCUCCGGAACUACUUCCUCGGUGAUCGCCACAACCGGUUCCUCUGCCCGCGCCGCACGCCCGUCAGGCACCGCGCCUCAGACGCCGACAGGGUCGCGUGCCUCGCGUGUGAUCUCGACGAGAUCUACUCCGCGGCCUUCUCCGGGGACCGCACGCCAUACAGCCCCGCCAAGUUUCUAUAUAGUUGGUGGCAGCAUGCAUCAAACCUUGCAAGCUACGAGCAACAGGAUGCUCAUGAAUUCUUUAUUUCCAUCCUUGAUCAUAUCCAUGAAAAUAUAAAGGAUGAUCAACAAAAGUCAUAUGCCCAAGGCCAUGGGGAUUGUUGCAUUGCUCACAGAGUGUUUUCUGGUAUCCUGAGGUCAGAUGUCACCUGCACAAGCUGUGGGUUCACAUCCACAACUUUUGAGCCCUGUAUGGACAUUUCCUUAGACAUGGAUGCAGGAGAUAACAGUUCUUUUGGUGUUGCAAACACAAAGUCGCAUGUGCGCAAUGGAGAGCGAGGCUUGGCUGGCGUGAAUUCCAAGGUAUUAACUCUAAUGAGGUGUUUGGAGAGGUUUACAAGGUCUGAGAGACUUGAUGCCGAGCAGAAGUUCUUCUGUGAACACUGCAACGAGAGGCAAGAGUCCCUGAAGCAAAUGUCCAUUCGCAGGCUUCCAUUAGUUUCCUGCUUUCACAUAAAGAGAUUUGAGCAUUCGUCAGUCAAAAAGGAGUAGAUAUGGUAACCGUAUAUUUCCUGCAGAAGCUAGUGACGCGGACGCAGUUUCAGAAGUGUCGUCAGAAUUCGAAAUAUUUGCGGUGAUCACACAUAGCGGUAAGCUAGAAGCUGGCCAUUAUGUGACAUAUCUGAGGCUAAACAAUCAUUGGUACAAAUGUGAUGAUGCCUGGGUAACCAGAGUUGAGGAGCAUACCGUCAGGACUUCUCAGGCAUACAUGCUCUUCUACGUGCAGAAGACGUUUUACUACAAAGCUUGUGAAAGAGCAGCCACAGUCUGAUCUGAAGCAAACAUUGAUGACACAACUCCAGACCACCAUAAAUUUAUUUGUCACCGAAUCAGAUACACAUGUAGUAGUAGUUCGUCAAUCGAGAGGGAAAACGGGCGCCGUAUCCACAGCACAGCCAUGGCCUGUCAAAUCUUUUCGUUCUCCACUGACCUGUAGUUCCAAUCAGAGAGAAAGCUUUUUCGGCAGAUUUUUUUCUUUACAGACAGACAUCUGCCCAAGCGAAGAUGCUUGAAUUUAUGCAUUGAGUUAUAUUGUGCUGGCUAAUGGAUAUGUUGUGGCGAUUUCCUUAAUACUCAGGUGCUUCACCGUUUGGUACCUGUGGUGGUGACUGGCGAGGAUGCUCUUAACCAGUUGUGCUUGUGUUCAAUAUAAGGUGGAGCAAGGAAGAGGAGUAUAAAACGUGGAAAGAAAACAUAAAGAAAGGGAACCGAUUUUUUUUUAAUGUGUUCCUGUCAGCAAUUGCAUUCUUGUUCUACUGAAGGUAGAGGGUUUCUUGCUGAUACCGAUUGUUGUGUAUUUGCUCCCUUGCCUUUUUUUCGCUUGGUCUUUGUCUUAAUGAAUGAGCUGAAAUCUAUAGCAGUUGUCAUAGUGCCCA